UUCAAACUCUGGCGGUACGUGGUGUUGUUCGAGGAUUGUUACUAACAAGAUGGCAGCAGCAGAGGAGUUCGAGUUGCUCAGGAACCAGCUGAAGGCGAGGGAGGAGCAGGUCCACCAGGCUGCUCAGGCUGGAUUAGAUCUCCUCAAGCAGCAGAUGGAACUACAAAACACACUGGAUGAACAGAGAGUAGAGAUGACCAACGCAAUUGAGGCCCUUGAGCAGGACAAGUACUCCUUGCAGAAGGACUUGGAGUUGAAGACUCGGAUACUGGAGUCACUGAAGUCAGACUAUGAUUGUGUAAAGAACCAGCAGAGACAGCAGCUUCAGGAACAACAGCAGCAUCUGGAGAGGAGCCACAGCAUGGCACUCAGUGAGCUCACCGACAAGAUACUGAGGUUGGAGUCUGCUCUGGAGGAAUCCCAGCUAAAUGAGAGACAACUCAAACACAAACUUGAAGUGCAGACUGAGACUCUUAAUAACAAAAUGGAAGAGUUGCAAGCUCUUAAUGAACACACCCAGAGCUCCAUGACAUCUGAGAUGAUGGAGGUGCAGAUGAACAUCAUGGAGCUGGAGACAAUUAAGGUGGAGUUGGAGCAGACUCUGCAGGAAUGUCAGUACAGAGAGCAGCAGCUGGAGCUGGCCAAUAGCAGCCUGCAGCGUCACCUAGAGCGAAUCACAGAGGAGAAAGAGGAGCGAGAGAAAGAGGCUGUCUCCUGGUUUAAUGCCUUACAGAAAGCUCGUGAGGGGAACCGGGACCUCCAGAUCCAGUUGGACCAAGCUCUACAGCAAGCGCAGGAUCCCAACAGCAAAGGGAACUCUCUGUUUGCUGAGCUGGAGGAUAAGCGGGCUGAGAUGGAGAGAAAGCUGAUCAGUAUGAAGGUCCAGUAUCAGUCCCUGCAGAAACAACAUGGCUUCAGCAGACAGCAGCUGCAGCGCAUGAAGGUUCAAGUAGCCACUCUGAUGCAGCUCCAAGGUUCCAGGGCUGACCCUGCUCAGCUGGAGAGACUCCAGUCCAUGCUGUCAGAGAAGAAUGGAGAAAUCCAAAAUCUCAUGACUAAACUACAAAGACUGGAGAAGGUGGAGAUGAUACUGAAGUCUCAGCCAGCUAAUUUAGCUCGAGCUGAGAGCGGUGAAUGCCAAGAUGAAACCUACUACACCGACCUGCUCAAAAUGAAGCUCAACAACACUGUUAAAGAUGCAGAACGUCUAGGGGACGAGCUUUCCCUGCAGAGGAUGAAGUCUUUGUCAGAGAGCCAGAGAGCUCUUGAGCUGGAGAGGAAACUCUUCACAUCUGAGCGGCUGCUCAAACAGACUCAGAGUGACAAGAUCAAACUACAGCUGCGAGUAGAAGAGCUACAACACAAAUAUGAACCCAAAGAGGCAACAAUGGUUCUGAUCCAGAAAAGGAAGAAAGAGAAACUUCCUGUGGAUAUUGUACCCUCCUCUCAGGAAAGCACACUUGACAAGGGUGAGCAGAUAGUUACUGUGGAGACCGAUGUAACACAUGAUAUGACUAUAGACCCCAAGGCUGACAUCAAACCUAAAACUGAGGCACAAAGUUCCACAAAAGGUUUAGAGCUGGCUGUGCCACGUGCUGCAAAAUGUGUGAAGAUCAGUGGAGAGGAACCUGUUGUGAUUCCCAACCUCAGUUAUCCUGUGACUGACAGGACAGAGACUGAGAUGGAGGAGAACCAGCAGCAGAACAAGAGAGAGGAGAGGAUAAAGAAACAGAGAACAGUGGAGGUGAUCCACGUGAGCUCUAACAGCAGUAUGGAGAACCAGUGUGCCCAGCAGUAGGCCUCGUCUGGACCACAUAUCAUAUCAUAUUUCU